AUGAAAUUGGAAGCAUUCAAUACCAUUAAAGUCCACAUUCACAAUCCUCCGUGUUCUUCACUUCCAAACGCAUUCAGUGGAAUCAACUACCAUACGAAGUCAAGGUGGAAAGUUCAAAGUAGAAAGAAAGAAGAAGACAAACUCACUGACCCUUUUGUAUUUGCCCGUUCAAAAAUCAUCCAUACCCUGUAUGAUGACUCAUCAUCGGCAAACAAUGACAACAGUACAAUUUACCGUGCAACUCUAGACAUUGAUGGUGUUUUACGCCUGUAUUCUCAUAGUGACAACAGGAAUGGUGAACUCGAAUGCACAUCCGUGUGGGCAGCACUGAAAAAUCCUUGUCAAGUGAACAGCUUUUGUGGGUUCAAUAGUUAUUGCACAUUUGAUGACGACCAGCCAGUAUGUCGUUGUCUUCCUGGUUCGGAGUUCAUUGACCCUAAUCAAACGACUCUUGGCUGUAGAAGAAACUAUUCAGAAGCAAGUCGUAAAAGUGGGAAAGAAAAUGCACAUCAUUAUAACAUCACCACAUUGGAAAAUAUCGAGGCGGCAGACCAUCCUUAUUUUCAAGAAUCCAUAAAAGGUGAAUCAUCAGAUCAGGAGACGUCCACCACAGCUUUAUUGAAGGUAGGCAUUGGAGGAAAUGAUGGCAAGAAUAGGACUGAACCUAUCCCUUUAAAGCCUACCAUUAUUGUUAUUAGAAGCGAAAAAUCAGUGCUGCCUGAAAUUCUUAUGACUUCUUGUCUUGUCCUAUUUUCAUGUAUUAGCCUUAUAGUUUCUUGUUUAUUCAUUUACAAAUUCCGAUCCAUAAGAUGCAAAAGGCUAUUGGAAAAUGGGGAGGAUGGUCUGACUGGGGAGCUUAAAUUGCGGUUGUUUUCAUACAAUGAGCUUAAAGUAGCAACAAAUGGCUUCAAAGAAGAGCUGGGAAAGGGUUCAUUUGGAGCAGUGUACAAAGGGACUUUAUGCAGAGGGAAAAAGCUUGUUGCAGUGAAGAGGCUAGAGAAGUUAGUGGAAGAAGGUGAAAGGGAGUUCCAGGCAGAGAUGCGAGCAAUAGGAAGAACUCACCACAAGAACUUAGUCCGGUUGUUGGGAUACUGUGCCGUGGAUUUAAAAAGACUUCUGGUUUAUGAAUAUAUGAGCAAUGGCUCCCUUGCAGAUCUACUAUUCAAGUCUUCAGGAAGGUUAAAUUGGAAUGAGAGAAUAAGAAUUGCAAUUGAUGUUGCGAAAGGGAUCCUUUAUUUACAUGAAGAGUGUGAGACUCCCAUCAUUCAUUGCGAUAUAAAACCACAGAACAUAUUGAUGGAUGAUUUUUGGACUGCUAAGAUAGCUGAUUUUGGGUUGGCAAAAUUGCUGAUGCCAGAUCAAACAAGGACUUUCACAGUUGUGAGGGGAACCAGGGGGUAUUUAGCACCAGAAUGGCUAAAGAACACGCCAAUUUCAGCUAAGGCAGACAUCUACAGUUAUGGAAUUGUGCUCUUGGAAAUUGUUUGCUGCAGAAGGAAUAUGGAGCUUGAAGCAUCAAAACCAGAAGAGGUUAUUCUAUCAACUUGUUUUGUUGCUGGAGAGUUGGAGAAGCUUGUAAUUGGGGAAGAAGCUGACAAGAAGACCUUGGAAAAAAUGGUGAUGGUGGCGCUGUGGUGUAUUCAGGAUGAACCAGCUCUCCGUCCUUCAAUGAAGAGUAUAGUUUUGAUGUUAGAAGGGAUCACUGAUGUAUCAAUUCCUCCAUGUCCAACCGCUGCAUCCAUGUAA